CUUCCUUUAUUCUUCUCCCUUUGCUCCCCCUUCCUCUUUUUUUUUCUCUCUCCUCUUGUGCAGUGUGUUUCAUUCUUUCUCUUUCUCUUUCUCUUUCUCUCUCCCACUCCCCUCCCACUUCCACUUCCACUCUCACUCUCACUCUCACUCUCACUCUCACUCUCACUCUCACUCUCACUCUCAGUCUCAUUCUCUCUUUCACUCUAUUAUUAUCUUACACAAUCUGUUUACAUUUCUUACACAAACACACAUUCACCCUGAUUAACUUUGUCUUGCUUGUCUGUCUUGUCUUCAUUGUCGAUUGAGCUACUGUUGCCUUGUUGAAACCGAAUGCAACAGGCUCGUGCACACCAAACCACCGUCCGUUAGUGUACCCUAAACUACACACUCGCACUCAAAGAAUCGCAAAGAGAAAAAAAAAAUUUCAAAGGACACAAUCCUUACUUUAAUCAUGUCUUCUAUAAAAAUCUCGGACAAACUCAAGACAAUGCGUUCAUCGCCCUUGAACCCAAAUUCUUCACAUUCCAUCAGUAACGAUAAUUCGACCAUAACAGCUGCCUCAUUCUCUCAUUCGCCUCUACAACAUGAGCUGGAACGCACAGAUGUGCACGAUAGCCCAUCAUUGACAUUUUCUCCUGCAACACCAUCAGUGGAGACUCCGGAGGAACAACUGGGGCAGCAUCAGGCACAGCCUGAAAACAGCAACAGCAACAGCAAUAUCAAUAACAAUCAUGCUAUUGAUCUACAUUCCAAUACAUGCGCAAAGUUACCAGAGCAGAGAGGAAGGGCAGGCGUCAGCACAGCAAUCACAGGCAACCCUUCAAGGGAUAGAAUCCUGAUGCCGAAUCGCUCAUCUAUCACCAUUGGUAUCGCCAAUAGCCAAGGCGUCGGUAGUAGUAGCCGUAACACAAGCAGCUCCAGCAUAUCGCGUCUACACUCUCUUCAUCAGUCAGACUCCAUCCAAUCCAAUAGCGGCCCUUCUCCGGCCUCAUUUAAUACUAGUCGAGACUCUUCACCGAAACCAGGGCGGUUCCCAUCUCCACCAACAAAUACAAACAUUCCUACGCGUAGAAAGAGCUCUUUUGACAACCUGGGCUCUACAUCUGGAACAUCCUCUGCGGCAUCUUCAUUUGAGUCUGGAAAACUUAGAAGGCCCUCAGAUCAACUGAAUUCAUCAUAUCAGUCGAUGCAUCCUCAUCCACAUCCAUCAGGUCGGGGCUCCAGUCCACACAACCACCAUCACUACCAUCACCACCUUCAUCACAGUAAUAGUAGUGCAGGCCUAUCCACACAGACAAUAGGAUCCAGCUCCUCUGGUGCAGAAUCUAGCACCAGCAACACAAAGUUCAAGAGCAUCCCAAUUCCACAGCCACUUCUUACACGGCGUUCUAGUCGCUCCUCGCUUUCUUCAAAUGAUUCAGAUGAUUUGUCGCACCUUAACCACCACUACCGUAAUUCUAGUACCACAUUGCCUAUUCCUGAAUCUCCUCGGUCUGGCCAAUACCAUUCAAAGUCAAGUAAUGCAAGUCGCAGACCGUCCAAUUUGGCGACAUCCGUAUCAAAUAGUCCCAAUGAUUGGGAUCAAGGCUCGUUUCCAAUGAAGCCAUCGCCUGGCAACGGCAGCAGUAUAAGCACAUCAGGCGCAGGAACUGGAGGAACUGGGACAGGAGCUGGAGUUGGAGGCGGAAGUGGUGGAAAAUAUCUCGUUAGGUCGAGAAGAACAUCAUGGAUUGACGCUGGUGGAAACUUGGAGUAUGGAUCCACACCAUCCUCGCCCAAACCUAUCGGAAGGAUUGCACGGUCUCGGCGGGCAUCGAUUACGGACGAGCUAUCGUUAGAUGAGUGGUCUCCACGGAGUCAGGGAUCGCCUUCGCUCAACACGUACUCGACAUCGAUACCCACAGCAUCCUUUUCUCAGUUCAUGAUGCAAGAAAGGCGUUCAAGGGCUGGAUCACCUAACACAGGGCAGAGUAUUGCUUCACUUAUGGAAGUCGCUUCUCUCAACAAUCCUUUUGAGAAUAUGAGGAGUCCAGCUUCUAGCGAUACAGCACGAGAUAGAAAUUCCGAUAAAGAUAGAGAUACGCCGUCACCUUCUGUUUCACGGAGUUCAUCUGUAUCAGGGCGGUACCUAGUUAGAUCAAGAAAAGCAUCUUUUAUUGAUAUGAAUGUCGCCAACGAUUAUGAUCAGACGCUUCCUCCGCAUCUAAGCUCUACUUCCCAUUCUUUACUCGGCGCAGGGAUCAGGACACCAUUUUUGGCGCGAUCUCCAAAUAUAUCUCCAAAGGGAUCACCAAAGGGAUCACCAAAAAUUUUACCAAUGGUACGAUCAUCUGCGUCGAGUCCUUUGGCAGGACCCGCGCUCUCUGGAAUUGUCAUUCCAGGGAGGCCCUCCCCAGCUACUUCGUUGCCAGGAGUAAAAGCAGGACACAGUCGACAGACCUCUAUUACAGAUGUGGAUGCACAUGAACGUAGAUUGCGGCGGCAGGUGGGGCAUCGCUUUCAUUAUGAAUCUGGAUUUCAGCCGACAGCGCGAAUAGAAACAUCUAAAGAUGACAAUGGUGAUGUCGAUGACCUGUCAUUGGAUAGUCCUAAGUCAGCUGGCGCUGUUGGCAGGAGCAUACUGACUAAUACUUCCAAUCUUGGUCUUGACCAAAUUGCUGUCCAGUUUGCGGCUAGCAAGGGCAGUGACAACAAUUCGUCUGCUCCCGAGCUGCCGCAUGCCAAUUAUUUGGAUUCAAUAGAUUUUAUCAACGCAUUUAAAACUCAUGGGCAGCCCAAGAUACCCGAUCCUAACCAGGCAAAGCCCAUCAGAAGACGAUCUAUUGACUCUAUCGACCCAUCUAUGCUUCAUGCAGAGAUCAUUGCGCAAACUAGAAGGGCAAAGUUGGAGAAAUGGAGGCCUGAUCUGUAUAAGACAAUUGAAGAGUAUAAAGUGGAGUCAAAUUCGUCAAAUACAACCCCAGCGUCAGACAAAAUCGUAUGGGUAGAUUGGUUAGAGGAAUACCAAGCACAGAAGCAGGCACGCCUCAUGAGAUUAAAAGAUAAGACACUCUCGCCGGAAUUAUCACUUUCGGUUUCACCACCAUCACGCUAUCAAAACGACCAAGGAGAUAUUAACCUUAUAUCCAAGAUAUCUUCAACAUCACCUGCAUCAUCGUCCUCAUCCAAAUCACUGUCCCCAACUGCGCGUCGAUCGAAAGCACCUCAAGGGUUGCGGAUUGAUUCGAGAUCAACAUCUGGGGUUUCAAUUGCCAGUCAAAAGAGUCAACAGUCGUUAAAAAGUGGCCUUGGUCCCAAAAUUGUCAGCUGGUGGAAGUCAGUGCGCAGAAAGUCAAUAUCAUUGGUGCUACCUCGCAAACCAUCCGUGGAUGCACCCGCGUUACCUAGUGAUGCCGCUACAAAGUUGAAGAAUAAGGAACAAGAGCCAACAUUACAGUUAGAGCAGACGCAGAAGGGCCUUAAUAAUGCUUCUACAAGCACAGCAUCACAUUCUUUAAAAAAGUCAUUUGCUUCUCAGUCCUUAUUCGAGAAACCUGACAGUAGCUCCAGCUCCAAAUCAGGGACACUAGUUCUGACAACUGCCCUUAAUCCAUCGGAAAAUACUAGCUCAACAAAAUCUACACCGACUAAAUCAUCUCCUCGCGAGAAACCUGGCCUAUCAAUCCAAGUUAACGUGUCUCCUCCUAUCGUAAGACGAGGAUCUGUAAUGGCGCGUACAUCAUCUUUUUCUGCAGGGAUCCAUUCCAGUAACGGAGCAGAUGGAAGUCCAAACCAAGCUGGCCCGGAGCGGUCCAACAAAACCAUUCGUAGCAUGUUGGAACAAUACAAAUCGGAGUGUGAUGAUCAGAUGCGAAAAAUCAUUGAUGGCCUCAAUGAAUACGUAGAGAAGGGCCUUAACUAUGUGGAAGACAUUGAUAGCAUGCCGGAUUUCUCUACACAGCAAUUAGACCAAACAGAAGUUGAAGAGAUCGAGGGUUGGAUUGAGAACAGUCAGAUGGAGAUGGAAGAGGAGGCUGCAAAUCAUCUCGGUCAUGAACGAGAAUUUGACAAUGCAAACGAGCAAGACUUGUUUGAGGAAGACAAAACCCCUAGAUCAGAUUAUCCGAACACAUUGCAGGAGUUCGGUGAAGGUUACUUUCCUGAAAUUUCUGAUAAUGAGUCGCCACUAAGUGAAGAGCCCAAGUCACGAUCUAUGCGUGAUUCUGGAGAUUGGUCGCCGUCACCUUCAUGGCACGGAGGUAGCAUCCCUUUACACCGCAAGAUGACAAGAGAUGGACAGCAGCGAUCUCACUCUCGUGUCUCCUCUCUCUCACGCCGUCAUAAUUCUAGCGCCGGCUAUUCACCUGUCAUAUCCAUGAGUGCAUCCCCCAGCGCUAAUGUGACACUUAUUUCGGAGGAUUCAUAUCAGCCAACACCAUUUAUUCUGACACUGCAAGAGUUGAUAUCAGUUGCGCAGCUCAUGCUGGAUACGCCAUUGAAGACAAUUUUGGACAAUAAAGGGGCAUGUACAAACUUUGUGACGAAGUUGCAGGUGAUUGGCAAAGCUUGGGACCACAACAGGAACUGGCCCUGUAGAGCAUGGUACGUGAAGGCGCUCUUGGCUGUUGCUAGCCUUGCACGAGUAGUACAAUGGUGGGAGGCUGAGCGCAAUCAUUGGAUGCAGAGCGCUAACAUCCCUGUCAAGCCCAAGGAGGCAUCACGACCGUCUAGUAUAUACAACAAGCAGGAAGCGGUGAGUCAAGGACCUGACACAGCGGCAGAUGUGCCAAGAGAUGUUUCAGGGUCCAGCAAACAGAUACAAUCUGAGGACAACGUCGAAAAGACUGACGCUGCAUCCUCAGAGAGUAGCCUCAAAGCUAUUGGCUCAGUGGAGUAUCAGCAAGGUACAACUCAGUCUAUUGCUAAACAUUCCAUGACGGACGAACCCGAGAGUAAAGAUGAGCUUGUCAGCAUUGAUGCCUUGGAAGAAAUCCUGGAGAAGGAUUCGGAUGGCCAACCAAGACUUACAAAGGAGGAUAUUCUGCAACUGAAAAGAGAGGCGGAGAAGGGCCAGAGCAAGAAUAUCGUAAUGGAACUUAGUUUGGACCUGGAUGAGAUCUUGAUUCUAUAUCUUAGUCCGAGUUGGUCAGAACUCUUGGGAUCGGACUGGCAGGGGCUCACAGAUACACCGAUCUGUACAUUUUUGACAGAAGAGGAAGUGAACGUGUUCAGAGACGCAACGCAGCGCCUUCUUGAGGAUGAUCGAUCGACUCUUGAGCUGACAUUCCAUAUCCUGUCGGAAUUUAGCCCACCCAAUUCUUUCGAUGACGCUAGCUCCAGUCAAUCAGACCUUUUCACCUAUGUGCAAAGCGUAAACCACCUUGGAGAGUCAGGUAAUUUCCUUAAGAUGGUUGGACGAGGCAUGCUCUUUUAUGACCGAACGACAGGCGAACCUAUUCGUACGAUGUGGGCUAUCCAGCCCUACAUUGGCCCUGACGAGAGCACCUUGUCUUCGUCAGGCUCAAUCAUGUCUACUCUUUCAGAAAAUGCUGAAGAUGAGGAUAUUGAGCAACAAGACCAGGAUCAGGGGCUAGAUCAAGAGCAAGUGCCAGACGAUGGUGCAAUUCUCCAGCAGCUCAUUCCUUUGCAGGAAGUUCGAUGUAAUAUUUGUGAGCGUAUGAUCAUUUCGCUGUACUUUGAGAAGCACUCUAAAAUUUGUACUGAGUGGCACAAGAUUGAAAUGGAUUUGCAGCUUUGCAACGACCUCUUGCGUGAACUUAUUGCCCAUAUCAACACUCUCAAAGAGCCUUUGACAACAUAUCCAACCACUCUUGAGGAGGGUUCGUCAGUAGUAGUGGGUCUGGAUGCCCUCAAUAGUCUACAGUCUAUUUGUCGUACAGCCCUAGCAAUCUCGACACCGGGGCGCGAUGCAGACUCGGACGAAAAAUCGCCCAAGGAUCCCGCAGCGAAGGUUGCUAUUCAGUCUCCUGCCUCAGAGUCGCGGAUGUCAGAAGUAUUCCGAUGGGUGCCACCCGUCACCAGCGACAUCUCGAUCAUGGCUGUAAGCGACAGAGUAAAAGCUGCUAUUCUUACCAAGACUACAUUAGUAUCGACGAUGAGAGAAAUUGCCGAAGAGGAUGAGCGAGAGCGAAGCCGCGGCUACGGCCUUGAGGAAGAGUUUGUUGCUAAAUGUUCUAUCGAUAGUAUGACAGUACCUCAGUUAGUGGAACAAGAGGCGUCGCCCGUUGACGCCUUGCCGCCGCCAUCAUCGACAGAUCUCUCUAGAACAGCAUCAGCAUCCUCUGGCCUUGGUACAGAAGCCGCAUCUGAUUCUGCAGAGUCCUCAACAACAGUCGUAAAAAUGAGCAAAAUAGAGAAACAGCCCAUCCACGUGCUCCCUGCGAGUGAGUCCUGUGAGACAGGUCAAUUGAAAGCAACAGACCAGCCAGACCAGAGCACCCUACCUACUGAUCAAGGAACCCAAAGCAGUCAAGGAAGUCAAGGAAGCUUCAGCAGUCAGAACAGUCAGAAUGCCAAGAGUGAUCAGAAUAAUCAGCAAGUCAUAGGGCCGCGUAAGCAUCGCCCUUCUUUUGUUGACAUCCACUCUGCCUCGUCCUUCUUCCCCGAGGCGCACCUCUCGCCUCGUAUGGCCGGCAGAUUCCUUGCUCCUCAUUCGGCUGAUGGGUCACCAACAGAUAACAUUUCGCCCUCCGCACUGAUGAAGUCACCAUUGUCACCAUCUUUCCCGCAGCCAACACCCUUGACUCGCCCUACACCACCAAGUAUUAAGGAUUUUGACUUCAUCAAGCCUAUUUCCAAAGGCGCAUUUGGGUCUGUUUUCUUAGCAAAGAAGAGAGCUACAGGCGACUACUAUGCAAUCAAAGUCCUCAAAAAGUCAGAUAUGGUAGCCAAAAACCAGGUCACCAACGUCAAGGCCGAACGAUUGAUCCUGAUGAACCAAACAGACUCGCCUUUUGUCGUCAAACUUUACUUCUCUUUCCAGAGCAAGGAUUACCUUUACCUGGUAAUGGAGUAUCUCAAUGGAGGGGACUGUAUGGCGCUCAUUAAGGCUAUUGUGCGUCUACCUGAAGACUGGGCCAGAAAUUAUUUAGCAGAAGUUGUUCUUGGUUUGGAAUAUCUUCACGAUGCGGGCAUCGUUCAUCGUGAUCUGAAGCCCGACAAUCUCUUAAUUGAUCAAAAUGGGCAUCUCAAACUCACAGAUUUUGGGCUCUCACGUGUUGGGUUUUUAGGCCGCCAAGCUCGAACCGACAGGAGAUCCAAGGUACCGAUGACUUCACCUUAUCCGGAAUCCCGCCCCAUGUCACCGUACCUUUUCUCUCACGCUGUAGAUUCUAGCCACGAAUCGACUAUACCUAUGAUUCCAACACCCAGGCUCGGACCAUCCAAUCCAUCUUACUUUAACUGGAAUGAACGGAGCCGACGUUCGUCAAAUGCAAGCGCCACAUCUUUGGAAGGCCGAUCUCCUUCCAUUGGUAUUCCAGCUGCAGACAUGCCUAAGUUACCGGCGGCAGCUGUGCUGACGUCUUCAAAUGCUCAGUUCCCAUUGUCGGAGAGCAGUGUCAAGUCCUCAAGCUCAUAUCUCUCGGGAGCGCUUAAUCCUUUGAGCUCGAUAACAUCGCCCAAAGCCUCGCAUGGCAACUCUCCAUUGAUCGCUCCAUCUUUCUUGCUUAAUGACUUGAAGGAAGAGGCGCCAGAAAAAUGUGUUGGAACUCCAGAUUAUCUUGCUCCAGAGUGCGUUCUCGGCAUGAGUCAAGAUACGAUGGUUGACUGGUGGGCGUUGGGCGUCAUUUGUUAUGAAUUCCUCUAUGGAUGUCCCCCAUUCCAUGGAGAGACUCCAGAACAGGUGUUUGAAAAUAUUCUUAAUCACGAUAUUGAUUGGCAUGAGUCUGAAUUGGAAAUCUCACCCGAAGCACGGGACUUUAUGGAGCGUCUAUUGUGUCCUGAUCCUGAAAAGCGACUCGGGUUUAAUGGUGCUGAUGAAGUCAAAAGCCACCCCUUCUUCAAAGGCAUUAAUUGGGACACGUUGCUGUCAGAGCGGCCCGCUUUUGUACCUGCACCAGCCGAUAUUGAAGAUACAGACUAUUUUGACGUUAGAGGAGCUAAAAUGGGCUCGUUCAGGGAUGACAUCCCAGAACUGAAAGAGGUCCAGGCUCUCCUUGCUAAACGUGAUAGUAUAACGACUACCUCUGAAGCAGUAACACCACAUCAGUUAAGUACAGCCACGGAAACAGCUUCGGCCUCGGCACCCUCCGCGCUUUCAGUUGACAGUCAUCAGUUGGAUAAUACCAUUACCCCUCGUGCACAUUCACCUAUCCCAAUAGACGAAGAAGUCACCUCAAGCCAGCCCGAUUCGUCGAAGGACGAGUCAGUAAUUGAAUUUGGAACGUUUGCAUUCAUCAAUCUUCCUGCUUUAGAAAAGGCCAAUAAUGACGUGAUCCGUAAGCUAAAAGGUGAUAGUGCUCUGGGAUCGAAUGGUGGAAGUAGCCUGUCAUCCUCUAUAUCCGAGUUUUCUGCUGAGACGCCUGGAACGCCUGGUUCGGGGGGAAAUUUGAGCAGCAGCAGUAUUACGAAGAGCAAACACCGAUCUAUGAAUGCACUGGCAAGCACCCCACCAUUACGGUUUGAGGCUAAGAAUUAUUUUUCAUAUUCACCCAAAGGCUCCCCAUCAUCCAAUGGAUCAAUUAGCACAAAUAUCGGCCAACAACAACACCAACAGCAUCAGGGAAGUGGAGGAGGAAAUACGCCUCAAGAAGGUAGCGAAUACCAUCCACAGAGAUCUGCAUCUGUUCCUGUGGCGUUUGGCGAGGAUUCAAGGGAGAAUAUCUCCCCACUGGAGCUUUCACAUGCGAACCGCCGUUCAUCAAUGCCCCUGCGGCCGCGAACGCAAAGUGCUGGAAACACUGACAUUCAUCCAUUUGCCAUCCCCGGCACUGCUUCGCCCACAUCACUCAUGGGUCCAGCCAAGAAUUCACCACUAGCCAGCCAUACGCGUGAUCGUCGCAGUGGCAGUACAAGUAGUGGAUCUGGUUUGCGAGCAAGCCGACACUCUCUCAAAGCUGCAGCUACAUUACGAUCGACUACUAAAGGAGCGGCAGCUACCCGUAAGACAAAUAGGACACGGGAUUGUUUGGUAGUAGAUGAUAACCCAAUCAGUGCCAAAAUCCUGGAAACAAUUUUGAUGCGUCUCAACUGUCGAUGCGUGAUAAUGCGUAAUGGGGCUGAGGCGAUCCGAUGCGCGAUGGGAAGUGUUAAAUUUGAUAUUAUUUUCAUGGAUAUCCGCAUGCCCAUCAUUGAUGGAGAGACGGCUACCAGAAUGAUCAAGUCGACACAGAACACCAAUUCUCUAACACCUAUUAUUGCAGUGACAGCAUUUCCGGAUCUAGCAGCACAAAUCUUUGACUAUAUGAUGGUCAAGCCCGUAACACGCGAAGAGAUCGAGAAGCGACUACAGUUCUUUUGUCCCAUCCAAUCAAAUGUAGGUGAGACACCGACGCCUAAUCGCGAAAAUGCGCCUAGCCAAGGAUUGAGCGGUGGAGAAGGGCCUUCGGUUUCAUUGAUCAAAGGCGGUCGAUCUGGAUCGGUGUCCUCGACUGGAACAUCAUUUUCUACGCGACCGAGUCAGUUAGAUCGUGCAGAGCGUGCGAAGGAAAAGGAGAAAGAAGGGUUGAGGGAGCGUCAGAAUAGUACAAGUCAGCUGGCAAUGGUAGAGACGGCACCACAGACACAGCCUCAAGACAAGGAGUUGCCCAGUAGCCUUACACUACCCGAGGACAAGAAAGAGAAGGAACAAGAGAAAGGGAGUAAGAAUACUAUAGUAGAGAGUUUAAAGGUGGAUCCUACGAUAGCAUGAUCUGACAGUACCUAUCUAAAGUCCUCUUCCUUGAUGCGUAACAAUUAUUAAAGAAAAGUAACCC